UCAAUCCCGUGAGACGGAAAGGCGACGGUGUCGUCUUCGUCGCUCAAUCAUUGUGUGCCCCUCUUGGCUCUCGUCCUGCCGUCGCCGCAGAGGAAGACGGAGACACCGUCGGAGGAGGAGCGCCAUGGCCGGCUCUGAUCUCCUCCGCCCAGAUCCAGCCACAGGGCUGGCCAUCGUGAUCAUGGGCGUCAGCGGCUGCGGCAAAUCGACCGUGGCGGCGAUGCUCGCCGACGCGCUGGGCUGCGGCUUCGUCGAGGCGGACGACUACCACUCCCACGCCAACAAAGAGAAGAUGAGCAGGGGCGUCCCGCUCACGGACGAGGACCGCCUCCCGUGGCUGGAGUCGCUGCGCGACGCCAUCCGGGAGCGCCUAGGCCGCGGCGAGGACGUCGCCGUCAGCUGCUCGGCGCUGCGGCUCAAGUACAGGGAGGUUCUCCGGCAGGGGGACAUCAGUUACAAGCCUGGGAGCUAUGAGACCUGCAGAGUCAAGUUCGUGUGUCUAGAGGCGUCGGCGGAGGUGAUCGCCGGGAGGGUCGAGCGCAGGGCGGCGGAAGGGGGCCACUUCAUGCCGGCGAGCCUGGUGCGGAGCCAGCUCGACCUGCUGGAGAUCGACGCGGCCGAGGGGAUCACCGUCGUCGACGCCACGGUGCCCGCCCACGCCAUCGUCCAAGCCACCGUCGCCCAGUUCAGGGACGAGCUGGCAUCCAUGGCGUGCUGAGAAAUUCAGUUGAAUCCAGCUGCUCUGUUUCUUAUUUCUGAAUCCAGUUUCAUGGCUGUACAAGUUAUACAAGUUUUAAAGGCUCUCCAAA